AUGUAUUCUACGACAUUUCAAAAUGCUAUGAUUGAGCCCAAAGACGCGCUUUUUACACGCAACAAUUCGCAAAAUUUCUUAGGCAACGGUACUCAAGACACACACUACGCCGAAUCUACCAACAGAGCCGCUAAUGUUGAUAGAAUUGGAUGUGUUAUCACUGAUUACCAGUCACUCAAGUCUAAUAUACCAUUGAAUUUAAAUGUUCACAAAGAUAUCAAUGGUAAGAUAAAGAAACAAGUUAUACAACGAACAAAUAACACUUACAAAGGAUAUAAUAGUCGAUAUUACUUCGACGAUAUACAGCAAAGAAAAUAUUAUGAGACAUUAGUAUACGAGAAUGUAGGAAUUGUUAAGAUAUUACCUGAAGAUAUUAUUUGCUGGUACCCCGGCUUCAACCUGCCCAUUGGCACCAGGGGUAGGUCCCUGCUUCGCAAGGAUCUCCACCGGCAAAGAUCAAUUAGUACUUCGAAUUGUGACAACAUGUUGGUGUCAAACAAAUUAAAUAUAACAAACCGCUCAACCUUUGGAGAUAUGAGGAUUGCAGACCUGUACCACUCAGCACAUGUACUGGGAAUUUGGAAUUCAGCAGCUCAUUAUUGCUUAGAAACUUGUGAAAGAAGGGGGUUUAGGAAGGAAUGGAUUCUUUGCCUAAAAGAAUCCGGGUACGAGAUAAAUAUGAACAACCUCAAGGAGAUCAAACAAUAUAUGUUAGAGAAAUAUAGAAGGUGA